AUGUCAGUAUACAAUAAGACCAAUGUCCAUCCAUCAACUUUUAUUCUUAUUGGCAUUCCUGGGUUGGAGGCUGCUCACAUGUGGAUCUCCAUCCCCUUUUGUGCUGUCUACCUUCUGGCCUUAGUGGGAAACUGCUCUCUUCUGUUUAUCAUCAAGACAGACUCCAGCCUCCAUGAGCCAAUGUACCUCUUCCUCUGCAUGCUGGCUGUGGCUGAUGUUAUUGUGUGUACUACAGCUGUGCCUAAACUUCUCAGCCUCUUCUGGUUCCAUGAUGGAGAGAUUCGCUUUGAAGCUUGCCUGACUCAGGUAUUCCUGGUUCACUCUUGCUCCACCAUGGAGUCUGGCUUCUUCCUAGCCAUGGCUUUUGACCGUUGUGUGGCCAUUUGUAAUCCAUUAAGACACUCAGCUAUUCUGACACAUUCUGUAAUUGGGGUGAUGGGUCUAGCUAUUGUCCUCCGGGGAAUGGUACUUCUCAGUCCUCACCCUUUCCUGCUACGUUGGCUCCCCUACUGCAGAACCAAUAUAAUUUCCCACACCUACUGUGAGUUCAUGGCCCUCAUCAAGAUUGCCUGUGCUGAGACAAGAAUCCGCAGAGCCUACAGCCUCAUUGUUGCCUUCCUUACAGGAGGAGUGGACUUCAUAUUGAUUGUUUGUUCUUAUGUCCUCAUAUUGCACACUGUCUUCCACCUUCCAUCUAAGGAUGCCCGACUCAAGACCUUGGGCACCUGUGGCUCCCAUAUCUGUGUAAUCCUAGUGUCCUAUACUCCAGCCUUCUUCUCAUUUCUCACCCACAGGUUUGGGCACAGUGUGCCUUCCCAUGUCCACAUAUUUGUGGCCAACAUCUACCUUCUGGUUCCACCAAUGGUGAACCCCAUUAUCUAUGGGGUAAGGACCAAGAAGAUACGGGACAGGUUCCUUAAAUGUUUCAGUUUUUCAAACCCUCUGAACUAA